ACAUAUAUUGCAAUUUGCAAAAUAGUCGGCUUUUCGUCGAAAUUAAAAAAGUUUUAUACAGAUUUAACUACAAUAAUAAUAGUAUAAUUUUUCCGAAAUUAGAAAACCAAGAUGUCGUUUCUGGAAGAUACACUUAUCAUAUUAAUCUCACAAACAAUUUUUUUCGUCGGUGGAUGGAUAUUUUUCGUAAAGCAGCUGUUCCGUGAUUAUGAAGUUCAUCAUACCUUAGUCCAGCUCAUAUUCUCAGUAACAUUUGCGUUGAGCUGUACAAUGUUCGAACUUAUAAUUUUUGAGAUAAUAGGCUACUUAGAGUCAAGUUCUAGAUACUUCCAUUGGAACAUGGGCCUCUAUUUCUUGCUGUUCAUGGUGAUUGCACUUAUUCCAUUUUAUAUAGCUUACUUCUGCAUUAGUAAUGUGCGAUUUGUGUCAAAGAACAUGAUAAGGCCAUUGACGCUGUUUGUUUGGUUCAUAUACCUAUAUUUUUUCUGGAAAAUUGGAGAUCCAUUUCCUAUUCUCAGUCCAAAACAAGGAAUAUUUUCAAUAGAACAAGGUGUGUCUCGUAUCGGAGUGAUAGGUGUUACAGUGAUGGCAUUACUAUCUGGAUUUGGUGCAGUGAAUUAUCCAUACACUUCUAUGGCUAUAUUUAUAAGGCCCGUUACACAAUCAGAUGUUUUAUCAAUAGAAAAAAAACUUCUCCAAACCAUGGACAUGAUAUUAGUAAAGAAGAAGAGGAUAGCAUUAGCAGAGAAUAACAGUUUGGGCCGGAACCAGUACAUGCUUGACCAGUCUAAUGUGAAGAAUAAAGGUUUUUGGACCAAUAUAUUGUCCAGCGUUGGAAGUAUUGCUAACCCGUUGGGUCAGGGAAGUGAGAACAUAAAUCAACUACGACAGGAGAUAUCCAGCUUGGAGGAGCUAAGUAGGCAGCUAUUUCUAGAGGCACACGAUGCAAGAACAAUGAGAGAGAAGAUAGAAUGGUCUAGAACGUUCCAGGGGAAAUAUUUCAAUUUCCUUGGCUACUUCUUCUCAUUGUAUUGCAUCUGGAAGAUAUUUAUUUCAACGAUCAACAUUGUGUUCGACCGCGUGGGCAAGAAGGAUCCCGUGACUCGUGGGCUCGAACUUGCCGUGUUACGACUGGGAGUGGAUAUUGACGUCGGCUUCUGGUCCCAGCAUGUGUCCUUCCUUUUGGUGGGCUGCAUCGUCCUCACCAGCAUACGGGGAUUACUGCUCACACUCACCAAGUUCUUUUACAAAAUAUCGUCAUCGAAAUCUUCGAACAUAAUCGUCUUGAUACUCGCACAAAUAAUGGGAAUGUAUUUCUGUUCGUCCGUCCUGCUGAUGAGGAUGAACAUGCCUCCGGAGUACAGGAUAAUAAUAACUCAGGUUCUAGGAGACUUGCAGUUUAAUUUCUAUCACAGAUGGUUCGACGUGAUCUUCCUCGUGAGUGCUUUGACGAGUAUAUUUACAUUGUAUUUAGCUCAUAAACAACCAUCCGUUAAUUAAAUGUUAAUAUUAAUGCAUAUUUAAAUGUUCAAC